CUCUAAUAAUGGGACUACAGCCUGUAAGUGUAACCUGACUAAUAUCUCAUCCUAUGAGCUGCUUCCAGCUCCUGAAGUCCUGCAUGUAACAGGAUCUAACACUGGAAAUAUGGCUUUGUCCCAUGAUCUCUGUUAUUCCAUUGUGGAUAUACAUCUUCUCCUUGAAUACCAUGACUCAUCUGCACUUCAGUACUUCAAUUUUGUGAUGUCCAUUGUGACCUGCCUGGUGGGAUUGGUGGGAAAUGCAGUUGUCAUCUGUUUUAUUGGAUUUAUUAUCAAGAAACACAAAUCUAAAUACUGGUUUCUGAAUUUGGCCAUUGCUGACUUCUUGUCUCUCCUCAUCUUACCCCUUCACGCCAUCUCAACUCUUAAGGGCACCUGGACAUUCGGGCCGCACAUGUGUAAACUUUAUAUCUUCUCUUUAUUUGCUAAUAUGUAUGCCAGUAUUUACAUUCUUAUCGCCUUAAAUAUCACCAGAGUAUUGUCUGUAGCAAAACCAAUGUUCCACCUCAGAUUUAUCUCCCAACGUGUUUCUGUAUUGAUUUGUUCCUUAAUCUGGUUUAUUACAAUACUGUUUACUCUCCCAGUGUUCUACUAUGCUGGUGAAGUAAAAAUUGGGGAAGUGAUACUUUGCAACUUUGUGGAGGAUAACAUCUUAGGUACUGUAGUCAACACUGGGUAUAAUGUGAGUAGUGAGAAUGCUACAAGAGACAUGUACACCAAGUUGAGCCCCUACAUUGAACAAUGCUCAUCUGACACAUGUUGUGGUGGUGAGGAGACUCUCAUUUUGUGGACCCAUUUCAAACUUAUGUUAAAGUGGUUUGUGAUACCUCUAUUUACAAUUGGAUAUUUUAUUCCCUUUGGUGUUGUAAUGAUUUGCAAUAUCACUAUAGCUGUACAUGUGAGAAAAUCCAAGACUGUUAAUCCCCAGAGGCUCUAUCGGAUCAUUCUCAUCAUCAUUAUGGUGUAUUUUAUAACAUGGACUCCACUUGUCAUAGCAGAGAUUGUGUUAUUAAUUUCGGUUCACAAUAUGAAUCUCAUAACCACGUUCAACAUCUUUAAAUUUCUUCCACUAUUGAUCAACAUAACCUAUACAAACAGCUGCUUGAACCCCAUUGUUUAUGUCUUGAGCGGUGGGCAGAUGCGAACAGGAAUUCUUAAUUUCAUAAGUAGCAUCAGAAGAUGCUACUAAACGGACAUUGUGUCAUCUGGAUUCACUAUGCUACCAUAAAAUGACCAUCACCUAUAUGUGACCAUAUCAACUGUUCUGUAUUUUGCCUGUGUUUCAUACACCAUUGCUUUGCUUCGGAAUAGACAAUCUAAUAUGUGAAGCUCAUACUGUACCUUUGACUAUGUAUGGGAAUAAACAAGGUUAACUCCAUACCUGAGCCAAGUGAUUGGCAGCUGGUGCA